AAUUACAAUUCUACCAGUACAAGGUUCUAGGGCCGCUGCUUCGUGUCUAUAUAAAGGAACUUGCGUAGCCGUGCCGAUUAGAAUAUUAUUAUCGGCUGCGUUUGGCUCUCAACCAAGCUUGCAAUUUUGCAGCCUCUUCUUCAACCCGUUCAAGCCGAUUAACCCUCAGCUUUCUGUUUUCGGAAGUUACUACUUUACCUAGUGAUGGCAGACGGUCACGAGAGUGACAAGAAUAUUGAGAUAUGGAAGAUCAAGAAGCUUAUUAAAGCACUUGAAGCCGCUAGAGGCAACGGCACCAGCAUGAUAUCUCUCAUAAUGCCUCCACGUGAUCAGAUUUCAAGGGUUACCAAGAUGCUUGGAGAUGAAUUUGGAACAGCUUCAAACAUCAAAAGCAGAGUCAACCGUCAAUCCGUGUUAGGUGCUAUCACAUCUGCUCAGCAGAGGCUCAAACUUUAUAGUAAGGUUCCUCCCAACGGACUUGUGCUCUACACUGGAACAAUUGUGACUGAUGAUGGGAAAGAAAAGAAAGUCACAAUUGAUUUUGAGCCUUUCAGGCCUAUAAAUGCUUCUCUUUAUCUCUGUGACAACAAGUUUCACACGGAGGCACUGAAUGAACUUUUGGAGUCGGAUGAUAAGUUUGGUUUUAUUGUGAUGGAUGGUAAUGGAACUCUUUUUGGGACAUUAAGUGGUAACACCAGGGAGGUACUUCAUAAGUUCAGUGUUGAUCUUCCAAAGAAGCAUGGGAGAGGUGGACAAUCAGCCCUUCGUUUUGCUCGACUUCGAAUGGAAAAGCGCCACAACUAUGUGAGGAAGACAGCUGAACUUGCUACUCAAUUUUUUAUCAACCCUUCCACCAGCCAGCCUAAUGUAUCUGGAUUAAUAUUGGCUGGAUCAGCUGAUUUCAAAACUGAGCUGAGUCAAUCUGAUAUGUUUGAUCAGCGGCUUCAGGCUAAGAUUCUGAAUGUGGUUGAUGUCUCUUAUGGAGGAGAGAAUGGUUUCAACCAGGCAAUUGAGCUUUCCUCUGAAAUACUGGCGAAUGUGAAAUUCAUACAGGAGAAGCGCUUAAUAGGGAAAUACUUUGAGGAGAUCAGUCAAGAUACUGGGAAGUAUGUUUUCGGAGUGGAUGACACACUGAAGGCCUUGGAGAUGGGAGCCGUUGAGACACUUAUAGUGUGGGAAAAUCUGGACAUAAAUCGGUAUCAGCUGAAGAAUAGCACUACUGGUGAAAUUACCAUAAAACAUUUAAACAAGGAGCAGGAAGCCAAUGAGAGCAACUUCCGCGAUCCAGUCAGCUCUGCAGAUCUGGAGGUUGUUGAGAAGAUGCCACUGUUAGAGUGGUUUGCUAAUGAAUACAGGCAGUUUGGCUGUAGCCUUGAGUUCGUUACCAACAAAUCCCAGGAGGGUUCUCAGUUCUGCCGUGGGUUUGGCGGUAUUGGAGGCAUCCUUCGAUACCAACUAGACAUGCGAUCAUUUGAUGAAUUUUCUGAUGAAGAAGUAUAUGAUGAUUCUGAAUAGCAAUCAAUCAACUCAACCCCAUUAACGGUGCAGGAUGAUGGGGUCAAAAGCAAGCCUGCACCGGCGCUCGGGCUGUCGCGGAUACUACUGCUCACAAUGCCCUUGAAGUUUCCCUCGCAUCUAAUUAAGGUUUUACUCGGUGAUGUUGCAGGACCGAAUAAUGAGCAGCAGCUAAAAUGUGUAAAGGCUUAGCUGGGAAGAUUUACAUCAAACUUGCUGGAGAUUCCAUGAGAGCUUCCUUUCUACUUUCUUCGACCAGGGCCUUGCAUAUAUUAAAAACUGGCACUUCACUCAUAUGUGGUUGAAUAUUGCCUUGGGCACAAGGCAGUGGUUGUAUGGAGCUAUUAUUAUGUUUGUUUCUACUUUCUAGAAAUUAGGUAGUGUUACUGCCCCCGCGUUGGCAUUUGGUAGAAUAAGUUUGGUUUGGUUUGGUUUGGUUUGUUUUAUGUGCUUAAUUCUAUCUCGCAGACGAUGUAAACUGUGUGCUUAAUUUCUAAACUUGUUCACAUGCUUUUAUAAUAUCUGAAUUCAGAGCUA